AUGAAGUGCACUGCAACCACGGCACUCUACCUGCACAUUCUGCGCACUGCGGAACAACACCACCGGGAAAUCCUCUCCACUCUGGCGGACCUCGCCCAGACCACAAGAAAGGAAAUUGUGGAGCGCAAGGUCGCCUUCCGCGAGGCCCAGGAGCGUGCCGAAGGCGUCGAGGACCUCAAGAAGAAGAAGAAGAAGAAGGACCACAAGAAGUCCCGAGCGGCGUCGCCGUCUGACAACCCGUGCAAGAGGGCAAAAGGUGCAGCAGCAACAACAGCAGCCACAGCAACAGCAGCCGCAGCAACAACACCGCCCGCCACUGCAACAACAGUCACAGCAGCAGCCACAGGCAAAUCCCCAAGACCUGCCUACUGCUUCCAGCACUUGGCGCCACAGCUGACAGCAGACAAGCUAAGCAACCUCUUCACCACACUGCGCAACCACAAAAAACAUAGCCAGCAUCCGAUGCUGUCAAUCCUCCGACAGCACGGCGUGGGGAUACCGGACCCACCGAAAUGGAUGACGGCCACCAUGGCAUACAAGCUGCUGAACCUGGCGUCCAAGGAGUUCACCCCGCUCCUCCAACGGGAUCUCAAGAACAAGGCGAGAGCUGCUCAACGGCAACUAAAGAAGGUGGCGGAGCACCAUGACGAAGGCGCGCGCUUCGCAUGUGAGCACACGGCCGAGCUGGCCCUCUACAUCGGCGCCGCGCAGCAUCUUGCGAGGACCCUUGCACCGCCCGACACCGACUUGACCUCGCUCAAGAUAUUCCCCACAUUCACAAACAAGCACCCUUUCAUACAACUAGACGCAGGACUACUACGGGACCUGACCUGCUUCAAGUGUGGCCGCCUCGGCCACUCCCAGCGCCAGUGCCGACAGCCUGCCGCAGUGCGACCACCGCCAAGGCAAGCUCUGUCCCUCCUCGAUUUCCUCGGAGCAGACGUGGCCAGGCAGUUCCGGAAGCGUCGCGUCACGUCCAUCAGGACGGACGGCUACACAGCAUACCUCCUGGUGGAGCCCAGCGCGCGCCGCGACACCGUCUGCGACACCAGCCCCAUCACACCCGUGGUUGGGGUCGACCCAGGCACCCGCAUCCCGCUUGCCUGCGUUCGGAUCCAAGACGGCAAAAAAAUGAUGGUGUCGCAGAAGCGAAUAGGCGGGGGUGCGGAGCCAGGGAGCGUGGACGAUGUGGUUGCGUCUGCGAGGGAGUGUUUGAGGGAAGGUGUGAGCAGGCGAGAGUUGAAGUGGAGGCUUCAUGAGAAGCUGAAGCACUGUCGCUUCCGAAGCAGAGUCGCCGGCGAGCUUGCGACACGCUUUGGACGCGACUGUCGGGUGUUCUUCGGAGACUGGUAA